AUGGCUGAAACAUUUGAGGUUCAUUCUCAAGAAAUGGGUGAAAAUAAUAGUGCUUAUCGAGAUGACGAAAUAUGUACUCAAAUCUGUGAUGAUGUGAAGGGUUCGCCACAAGAGCUAGGUUUCGUUAGUGAAGAAGAUGAAUUGGACGGGCAGAAGAAGAUAAAAAAGACAAUGGUUCACGAGUCCUUUAUCAAGGUUAUUUCGAAACAAAGGGCUGUGUUGUAUGCCCUUAUAUGCGCCUUGAUCACGGCUCUUGCUGCAAUGGCUGCUGCUUCUCUCUCUGGUUCGAUUGAUCCCAAUGAGAUCAAUUUCAUUCGGAUGUUCAUCCAGCUCCUCGCCUGCCUCCCCGUCGCUGUCAACCAGAGAAUCCAUUUUCGAUACUCCGGAAGUGCAUAUUUUCUCCUGCUGAUGCGCUGUGUUAUUGGAGCCUUCAACUCGACCCUAAUUUUCUUCAUCUAUCAAAUUAUACCAGUGGCCAACGCCAAAGCAAUACAGUACAGUGCACCUAUAUUCGCCGGACUGCUCGGGUGUAUACUUCUCAAGGAAUCUUGCUCUUUCGUUGAAACCAUACUGUCAUUUGUGACUCUCGGUGGGGUCAUCCUUGUAGCACAACCACCGUUUCUUUUCGAAAACGUGGAAUCGGUGGAAACAGUUUCCGAAGCGGGUGUACUUGGUUCCAUCUUAAGUUUGCUAUCUGCGUUUUUAUCAGCACUUACGUUCAUCGUGUUGCGUAAACUGAGCACUUACAGAAUGCCCGCAAUUACCAUUCUAACCAUCUACUCCAUCGUUGGAAUGAUCAUCUCGGCAACUAUGACAACCGCACUCCGUCAAUGGACAGUUCCGGGAUGCGGGCUGGACCGAUUCGCCUUGAUAGGAAACGGUAUCCUCCUGGUGAUGACACAAGCCUUGGAGUACCUUGCCCUCAAGAUUGAGCGAGCUUCGACAGUUGGCCUGGUCCUUUCGAGUGAUGUCAUAUUCUCGUUUGCCCUAGAAUUUGCCAUCUUCGGUGUUGUACCUAACUUUUUGACGGUGAUUGGGGCUUUGGUCAUAAUGGCUAGCUUAGUUGGACUCACAGUUAAGAAACUGUGUACCAGGGAAAAGGAGUCUGAAGAUUACCACGAAGGGGAAGGUGAAACAAACACAACCAGGACAGCUAGUAUAAGGGAUCAGAAAAACAGUACUGAUGAAAAUAAAAUCAAAUCCUGA